AUGAAGAGCAUAGAAAUGGAUGAGGAGAGACUGAUGGCCGAGGUGGCGUUUAAAGACUCGUCGUCUAUGGUCAUAAAAAUACGGCGAAAAUUGCCGGACUUUUUGCAGUCUGUUAAGCUCAAAUAUGUCAAAUUAGGAUAUGGUUAUUCAUGCAAGCCGGCAACUCUCCUUAUGUUCCUUGUAGUCUUUCCUUUGUUCAUAGCUACAGGGAUACAACUCAGUGGUCUAACAGUCAGACUUAUUUCUGAUAUAUGGACCAAUCAAGCAAUUGUUUUCGAUACAGUCACCAUUGUAAAUGGUUCAACAGUAUUGAUGUUUUUGUUAGGCCUCUACUGGGCCAAACGACCAAGACCGGUUUACUUGGUCGAUUUUGCUUGUUACAAGCCUGAAGAUGAACGGAAAAUGUCCAUUCCAUCGUUCUUGAAGAUGACAGAAGAUAAUGGUGCAUUUGAAGCAGAAACAAUUCAGUUCCAAAAGAGGAUAUCACACCGAUCUGGCCUUGGUGAUGAGACUUAUUUCCCUCAGGGUAUUACUUCCACGCCCCCUAAUUUGUCCAUGAAAGAAGCCAGAUUGGAGGCGGAGGCUGUUAUGUUUGGAGCACUGGAUUCUCUCUUCAGCAAAACUGAAGUUAAACCGAAGGACAUUGGAAUUCUUAUUGUGAACUGCAGCUUAUUCAAUCCAACCCCGUCUCUAUCUGCCAUGAUUGUCAACCAUUACAAACUUAGAACUGAUAUUAAGAGCUACAAUCUUGGUGGGAUGGGGUGCAGUGCUGGCCUUAUAUCAAUAGACCUUGCAAAACACCUUCUUCAAGCUAAUCCUAAAACAUAUGCAGUUGUAGUGAGUACUGAAAAUAUCACUCUCAAUUGGUACUUCGGAAAUGACCGUUCAAUGCUAUUGUGCAACUGCAUCUUCCGCAUGGGUGGUGCAGCCGUGCUUCUCUCAAACAAGGCCCGGGACAAAUCCAGGUCCAAGUAUGAGCUGGUCCAUACCGUUCGAACCCAUAAAGGUGCAGAUGAUAAUAGCUACAAUUGUGUCUAUCAAAGAGAAGAUGACAAAGGAACGGUUGGAGUUUCACUUGCUCGAGAAUUGAUGGCCGUAGCUGGUGAUGCUCUAAAGACGAAUAUAACGACGUUGGGGCCUUUAGUUCUACCAUUUUCUGAACAAUUCUUGUUUCUAGUUUCCUUGUUGAAGAGAAAGGUCUUCAAAGCUAAAGUGAGACCUUAUAUACCUGAUUUCAAGCUUGCGUUUGAACACUUCUGCAUACAUGCCGGUGGUAGGGCAGUGUUGGAUGAGUUGCAAAACAACCUUCAACUCACAGAGUGGCACAUGGAGCCAUCGAGGAUGACAUUGCACCGGUUUGGGAACACGUCUAGCAGUUCAUUGUGGUACGAAUUGGCCUAUACAGAAGCCAAAGGCCGGGUCUUGAGAGGCAAUAGGGUGUGGCAGAUUGCGUUCGGGUCAGGUUUCAAGUGUAAUAGUGCUGUUUGGAGUGCCCUGAGGGAAAUUCCAGCUAAAGAGUGCAAGGGUAACCCCUGGUUUGAUUGUAUUGAUAAGUAUCCUGUUGAGGUUCCUGUUGCAUGA